CCUGCCCCAGAAUAACAGCUGCAGAGAUCAGUUCCCCUUUUAAACACUUGUCAACAUAUCUUUCUCUUCAUAGAGUUGGCACAGAAGAGAUACCAAACCAUACAAAAGAGCCCAGAAGGAAUUUGAGAAAUUCUUGGAUUACUAGCUUGUGAGGGCGUUUUCCCUGCUUCAAGAUGACCAGUCGGCUGUACGACAGCAUAGAGCCCAGCGUCAUCGACGACGAGAUGCUCCAGAAGGCGGUGGAAGAGCAGGGGCCGAAGGAAGAGGCGGGCCUGUUGGCCAAGAAGGAAGGGAUAAAUUUCAAAGACGUCAAAGAGCUGCAGCUUGAUUUCAGAAAUAUCUUGAAGAUAGACAAUCUCUGGCAGUUCAUCAGUCUGACAAAACUGCAGUUGGACAACAACGUCAUAGAGAAGAUAGAGGGUCUGGACAGUCUGGUUCACCUGGUCUGGCUAGACCUGUCCUUCAACAACAUCGAAGUCAUCGAAGGCCUCAACGCCCUGGUGAACUUGAAGGACCUCAGCUUGUUCAACAACAGGAUCUCCACGAUCGAGAACCUGGACAGGCUGCAACAGCUUCAGAUAUUCUCGAUUGGGAAUAACAACAUUGGAAUCCUAGAAAAUCUCAUCUACCUCAGGAAGUUCAAACAUUUGCGCACUUUGAACCUUGCUGGGAAUCCGGUGUGUGAAAACGAGGCGUAUACCUUGUACAUUGCAGCCUAUCUCCCAGACCUCGUAUACCUGGAUUUCAGGAUGCUGGAAGACAGCACGGUAAGAGCAUUAUGUAUGAAAUACCAGUAUGCAUGCAUCUCGAGAAGAAGAGAUGGAAGCAGGGGAGAAGCGGUGGCUAUUAGGCAAAAGGCCCAGGAGGCCGAGCAGAAGGAACUGGAGUAUCACAAGGCGGCUUAUGUAGAAUAUCUCAAUGGCUCCUUCCUCUUCGACAGCAUGUACGCAGAGGACCCUGAGGCUUCCAAACUGGCGUACCUCCCUGGUGUGCCAGAGCUGCUGGAGACUUACAAGAGUAAAUUUGUUGACAUCUGCAUGACCCUGUCCGACUACGGCCUGAAGCAGCACGAGAAGCGGAAGGCUGAGGUGGCCCUUUUCAACGAGUGUCUCAGCGAAGCCCUGGACGACAACCGCAAACAGGGGAACAAGAUCAUGGCCGAUUUCGAAGAGAAGCACAGCCAGGCAAUGGAUGCGAUUCAGAACACCAGCGAGACUGACAUUUUGGACUCUAAACUCCAGGCGUACACAGAUGACAUCAGAACACUCUCCGAAACGCUGAUGACUCUGGAGAUGCAGCUGGUCGACCAGUUGGAGGAAGUCAUCAAAGAUUUUGAACGGAACAUUUCUGACCUUGUGUCCCUCUUCAUAGAAAAUGAACAAGGGCUGAUGGCACAGUGCCGGGAUCUUGAGAAUCAUCACCACGAGAAGCUUCUUGAAAUAGCCAUCAACACGCUGGAGAAAAUAAUCAAAAGCGAGUUGGACGAAGACAUACCAGACGACGUCCGGAUGCUCUUCGUGGACAAGGACACGAUUGUCAACGCCGUCAAUGCCUCCCAUGAUAUCCACCUCCUGAAGAUCGACAACCGGGAAGAUGAGAUCAUCACCAAAGCCAAUAGCUGGGCUUCUGCACUGUUAGGCACGAUUCACAAAAACGAAAUAACGAGAAACCGCAACCGCGUGAAGGAGAUCAACCAAUUCAUAGACCACCUCCACAACGAGCUGGAAAACAUGGACGUUCUGGAUCAGUAGCGGGCUUUUGACAGUGCCAGUAGCCACUUCUUCCCCGGUUUCGGACACCUGUUAGCUAGAAAGCAAACCCGGCGGGAGGUCUCCCUUCACAGCCCCCUGAAAAUGCUCCUCUUCCCCCCAAAAAACGAGAAUUAACCUGAUGGAAAGGGAGGGGAAUCAGCCCCAGGAGUUUUUAACGACUCAAACGAGCAGGGUUUUGUUUAAAAAAACCCAGCCUGCAUGGAAAUUUAAGAGGGAUCGCAGUUCUCGGAAGAAGCGGGUGCAGCAGCCACAAAUCAUCUCCCUGUUACCCUCCCGCACAUUCAUCACAACCAGACGGGACAUCUUUGUGAAAGGUUUUGUGUUCAACAGCAGCGAUGCAAAGACAGACCUGUCAGGCAACACUAGUUAGGUUUGUAGGUCACCGAGAGGCAACAGCCACUCAUAGCAGGGAAUGAAUGGGGAGCCCCCACAGGGCAAAGCCAUUCCAUGGCCCUGGAAC